AUGGAGGACAAAAACCUAAUAAUGCAAAAUGGCCCUUACCCAUUCAAUAGUCGACCUAUGGUGUUGAAGUAUUGGGACCCAAAUUUCCAGAUGAAGGAUGAAUCUAUGAGAAUUGUUCCAAUUUGGAUCAAUUUACCUGGGCUACCGAUCCAGUGCUGGGCUGAGGAACACCUAGGUAGGAUUGCUAGCCUACUAGGAAAACCUAUUUGCACCGAUAGACUUACUGCAGAGUGUGAAAGGGUGUCAUAUGCUAGAAUUCUUGUUGAUAUGGACAUUACACAACCAAUGCCUGAUGAGUUUUGUGUUGAGAUACCAGAUAGAAGCUGGAUGCAGAGUGUUGAAUAUGAAUGGACACCAAAAUUAUGUUUAGACUGCAACAAGUUUGGGCAUGGCACAGGAGAAUGUCAACAAGCAACUCAGCAAGAAGAGGAACCAAUGAAGCAUAAGAGAAGAAGAAUGAAGAGAGUUAGAAUGGCAUGGAAACCUAAAGUAACAGCAGAGGAAAACAAUAACACAAUCACCCUGCAACAAGACAAUCACACAGAAGAACCAGUUUUGGAGAUUCAGGUGGAUAAUAGAGGCAAACAGGCAGUGGUAAUACAAGGAGCUGCUGGUAAAACAAAUCAGAAAGAUAUUAAUUAUGAAGAGCUAGCUAUAAGGAAUGCAUUUGCACCAUUGACAAUAUUAGAGAGGCCAUCAAAUGAGAGACAGCAGGGGCACAAUUCCAGUACUAAAGCAUUAGAUGGACAACAGGGGCAAACAUCUAGUAUUAAAGCUGGCCAAAUGCGAGAACUAAAGAAAUUCUUGCUGAUGAAUAAAGUAGACAUGAUAGCUGUGUUGGAGACUAGAGUUAAAAGGCACAGAAUGCAGAAUAUCCACAGAAAGAUUGGAGUAGAAUGGCAACUCAAAGAUAACUAUGAACAUGCUCCUAAUGGUAGAAUAUGGUUAAUAUGGAAAGAAGCAAAUGUCCAUGUAACAACCCUGGAAAGCACUGACCAGAUGAUCCAUUGUCUAGUGAAGGACAAAAACUCAUCAUUUACCAGCUACAUAACAUUUGUAUAUGGCCUUCAUACUACUCAACAAAGAAUUCCACUAUGGAGAAGUUUGAGGAAUAUUCAAUAUAAUGGACCUUGGCUCAUAAUAGGAGAUUUCAGUAGUGUACUGAAUGUGGAUGAUAGAGUGAAUGGAGUUCCAGUUAACCAGGCAGAAAUGAUUGACUUUCAAAAUUGUCUUGAGGAUAUUGGAGUGGGACAAAUCACAAAAAGAGGUAGCAGAUUUUCAUGGAGCAAUAAAAGGGAUGCAGAAAUCAGAAUAUACAGCCACAUAGAUUGGGCUUUUGGAAAUGCUGACUGGUUUAAUACUUAUAAUGGAGUAGAGCCAAUAUACAUGCUACCAGGUUGUUCUGAUCAUACCCCUGUACUGAUUAACACUAAGGUGGUCAAGGUAAAAUGA